GAAGCGGACUGUGUUCCUAACUCUCCCUGCUUAACACCAACUUGCGUAUUUUUUCCCCUUCUACUUAAGGCUCUGAGAAGAGGCGUUGUGACCACCAGGUAGCCAUGAAGUGGGGCUGGGUGUUUUUGGGGGUCUUCCUAUCCUUGGGGACCCUGACCUGGGGGGAAAUUGGCUUGGAGAUCCCCAAGUACGAUGGCAAAGACCGCGUCCAUGACCUCAAUGCCAAGAACUACAAGUCCGUCAUGAAGAAGUACGACGUGAUGGUGAUCUACUACCACAAAAACGUGGACGGGAACCGCAGUGCCAUGAAGCAGUUUCAGAUAGAGGAGCUGGCUUUGGAGCUCGCAGCCCAAGUUCUGGGCGACUUCGAAGAAGAGGACAUUGGGUUCGGCCUGGUGGACGAAAAGAAGGAUUCUAAUGUUGCCAAGAAGCUUGGUCUGGAUGAGGUGGAGAGCAUCUACAUAUUUGCCGACAAUGAGAUCAUCGAGUACGAUGGAGAGCUGGCGGCCGACACCCUGGUGGAGUUCCUCUACGAUGUGGUCGAGGACGCCGUGGAGAUCAUCGACAACGAGCGCGAGCUGAAGGGUUUCCACAACAUGGACGAGGUCAUCAAGCUGGUUGGCUAUUUCAGGAGCGAGAGAUCUCCUCACUUCAUUGAGUACGACGACGCCGCCGAGGAGUUCCACCCCUUCGUCAAAUUCUUCGCCACGUUUGACCCCAAGAUCGCCAAGAAGCUGAAGCUGAAGUUGAAUGAAGUGGACUUCUACGAGCCCUUCAUGGAGCAUCCCGUCUGCAUUCCAGGAAAGCCCUACCUCGAGUCUGAGCUCAUUGAGUACAUUGAACAGCAUGACAGGCCUACACUGAGGAAGCUUGAGCCCCACAGCAUGUAUGAGAUCUGGGAGGAUGACAUUGAUGGAGAGCACAUUGUUGCCUUUGCCGAGGAAGAUGACACAGACGGUUUUGAGUUCCUGGAAAUCCUGAAGGAGGUGGCACGCGAGAACACCGACAACCCCAACCUCAGCAUCAUCUGGAUCGACCCCGACAACUUCCCCCUGCUGGUGCCGUACUGGGAGAAGACCUUCGGCAUCGAACUCUCUUCUCCUCACAUUGGUGUGGUUGAUGUUGAGGACGCCGACAGCGUGUGGAUGGAAAUGGAUGACCAGGACGACAUGCCAACAGCUGACGAGCUCGAGCAGUGGAUCGAGGACGUUCUGUCCGGAAAGAUCGACCCAGAUGAUGAUGACGAUGAGGACGACGACGACGACGACGAUGAUGACGAUGACGACGACGACGACGACGACGAUGAUGACGAGGAUGAUGACGAGGAUGAUGAUGACGACGAUGAUGACGACGACGACGAGGAUGAUGACGAUGAUGACGAUGAUGACGAUGAUGACGACGAUGACGACGACGAUGAUGAAUAAAUGUUGACCACCAUCUUUCACUUCACAAUAAUUUAGCCAGAAAUGGCAAAACCCAAAAGUAGCACCUUUUUAUUUUUUUUCUAUCAUCUUGCAGCAAACACAAGUUGUGUCUGUUUGCUUCCUGUACGGUUUCCUGUGAGGGACAAACAUGAUGACCCGAUGGGAAACUUUUACUGUCAGUCAGAGAGGGAGAUUUUCAAAGAAGCAGAGGAUUUGCAUCACUGUUGAUGAACAGGGUUGCAGAUUAAAAUGUUUGUUAUUGUAUUCAAAUAUGCUAAUCUCUCACCUCUGAGAUUCACAAUGAAUGUGAGCAAAGAGGCUGACAGAGGGGCUAACAUCCCUGAUGUUUCCUACCUAAUGUCACAGACCGGGGUUCACCCCUUUGUCAUUUUCGGUUUCGAUGACUUGUUUUCUACUGGAUGAAGAGAAGAAACAAACACUUUAUCCAACUAUAUUAAAGAGAAUAAACCUAAAAUCACUGGACAGUCUUAAGAUUAUUAUAAUUUUGGAAAACUAUUGGGAUAUCGCGGAAAAAAUUACAAAUUAAUUUGUUUCUGUUCUCAUAUUAAA